AUGGGUAAUAUAGACAAUAGAUCAACCAUACUGGCAGCAUGCCUAGUGGAUUUCCAUCAUAAACGAGGCCCAGAAGUGGAAUAUUGGUACGGGUUACCGAAAGAUACCAAUACUUCCCAAUUAUGGCCGAAUUUGCCCUUCCAGGCAUUACCGGAUGGAUCACAUUCAUUCAAAGAAACGUUUGCAUAUUUCACAUUAUUAUACAAUGAAAAGAAGAAAUGUGGUCCCAAGAGUAACAGUGGUGCUACUGAUAUACCCGAGGAGGAGUUACAAGAUUAUACUACGUUCUUCGCUGUAUCAUGUUCAAGACAAAUAGAUAGUGAUAAGUUGAUACAUAAAAGUAAAGAUAUCACGAGAUCCACGGUACAGAAAGCAAUAGUGAUCAUAUCGAGACAACCUAUCUUUGGACAAAUUAAAGAUAAAUUGAGUAUCGUCACGAAUGCGUUCUUCUUACAGUAUGAUUUCAAUGAUAAAAGUAUCAUCGUGUCAUUGUAUGAAAGUUUAAAAUCGAUGUACAGUAACCAAUCACCGUCAUUAUCACCAACGAGUGUUAUACAAGAAAGGAAUAACUCCGAAAAUAGACUUUAUAUCGGACUAUGUCUUCGGAAAAUAAUCUAUGAUUUUAAGAAAGAUGUACUAUUGAUACUAAAGGCUUUAUUGCUAGAACGUAAGAUAAUAUUUUAUGGUAGUGAUGUGGAAACUUUAUGUAAUUUACAAUUUGGACUAAUCAGUUUAAUACCGAAUUUAUUGUCGAACUUACAAAAUUGUGGGAGCCCGCAAUUAUUCAAAGAUUUCUCACAUAUGGAGGUGGUUACAUCAUUUAAAUCAAGUGACAGACAAUCCAUAAUUAGGUUCUUAGGUUUACCUUUACAAAUUUUUGAAAAAGGUGGGAUGUUUUCUCCGUAUACUCCUUUACAACAAUUGAAUGAUAUUAAAUCAAAAGUUACGGAAUUCUUCGUCAUUGGUACCUCGAACUCAUUAUUGUCUGAGCAAAGAAAUGAAUUAUGUGACGUUUUCAUUAAUGUAGAUGACAAAACAGUGGAAGUGAUAAAUAAAUCAUUACAACCGAUCUUACAAUUAACCUCAUACGAUAAGAAAUGGAUUGAGUCCAUUUCAAGCAUAGUGAUCAACACAUGGAACGAAAAUGAUGAAGAAACUCCCAAGACAUCUGAAUAUGAAGGUAGUGAGGAUUUUAUAAGAUGGCAAUUUGAAGAUUAUUUCACAUGUCUAUUAUCAUCAGCAAAGCUAUACGACUACUUAAAUAAAUAUAAGGAUAAUGCAGAAAUCUUACAAUCCAUCCCUGAACAAAUGAUCGAAUCAAACCCAGCUUACCUUUUUAAUAUACAUUGGAUAAAUGAAUGGGGUAAGACACAAAAUUAUCAUAUCUUCAAUAAUAUUACUGAUGAUAGACUGUUUGAUUUAUUUCCGCCAAAACAUGUCUAUAACGGUGUAGAUACAUUUAAAAUUUUACAGAAAAAAUUCAUAACAACAUUUCAAAAUUUGAAAAUUAAUAACAACACCAAUGUAUCAGAAUCCAAGAGAAGUAAUGGCGAUUUAUCAUUGUCAAAAGUCUCAACGCACGAUUCAUCUAAUGAUGUCGCAUCAUUUGCAUCAUCAAAUAAAGAAAUGUCAUCAUCAUCGACAUCAAAUGUAUGGUCGACAUGGAAAGACUACUUUAAAAAUAAAUCCAAGGCUAAUAAGCUUGAUAGAGAAGAAGAGAAAGAGAAAGAUAACGGAAUGUCAAGAACUUUGAGUACUAAUAGUAGCCAACAUUCUACUGGGAAGAAAUCAAUACGAUCAGCAAGAUCAGAAAGGCAAGAGAAUCCUGCUAAGAAAGUAUUUGAGAAUGCAUUGAUUGGGUUAGGUAUUCAUCAGGAUAAUAGGCAGAAGAAAGAAAAUGGAACCGACACUACGGCUAGUACUAACGAUACUGAGGACAUUGACGAUGACAGCGAUGCCGAAAGUGUUCCGGCAUCUGAGCCUGUUAUUGUUGAUAUGGCUGAAGUUAAAAUGGAUUAUUCAUCCGAAUUAGAUGCAAAACAAAAGAAACGUGUCCAUGGUAAGAAGCAAGAUGAUGAGGAGGAUAAUAAUAACGAAAUAUUAGAUAUAUAUGGCACCGAAGAUGAAGACGAAGAUGAAGACGAAGACGAAGACGAAGACGAAGACGAAGACGAAGACGAAGACGAAGACGAAGACGAAGACGAAGACGAAGAUGAAGACGAAGAUGAAGAUGAAGAUGAAGAUGAAGACGAAGACGAAGACGAAAAUAAAGACGAAGACGAAGACGAAAAUAAAGAAUCAGAAGUAGAUGAGGACAUUGACAGCAAUGAUAAUGAGCCGAAUGACAGCACUGGAUCUGAAGAUGAUAUUGCAGAAGAUGAUAUUGCAGGAGAUGAAUCCGGAGAGGAAAGUGAUAGAGAAGAUCAAGAGAAUGACGAAGAAAGUUUGAAGGCUACAGAACAGGAUUGA